AUGAAUGAGAUUUGCGCCAUAUUAAAGGAGUAUUUAGAAAGUGACACAGAAGGAAUAAUAGAUUUAUUCAAAGAAUACAAAAUAAGUAAAAAAGAUAAAACAGAAGUUCACGCUAAACUCAAAGAGCUGGACUGUUCUAGAUUGAUGGCAUUUGACGCUAAUGGGCUGUAUGCUUCUGCUAUGACGGAAGCUAAAGAUAAAAUAACUUUUACGAACAGAAGGGAUAGAAAUAUCUCAUUGCAUUUAUGGAAUGAAGAAACCUUCCGCCUUAAUUACGUCAAGAAGUAUAACAAACUAAAUGAUACUCAAUACAUUGUUGAGAUUAAUGACGAAGAAAAAGAAUUUAUUCCUCCAAAGGAUUCUACACGAUUAACACACACUCAUUUAUUCACGUCAUUGAUGGAUUUUAUAAGCUAUAAGAUAUACUAUACUGAUACUGAUUUAGCAUCAACAGUUAAAUAUAAUAUCAUUUUGACUUCUGAUGGUGUUUUGAAAGAAAAGUUUAAGGGAUACUCUAACUAUAAGAUUAGCGUGGAAAUUUAUCUCCAAUUAGCCAAUGGGCAAGACGUAAAGAAUAAGUUUAACAAAAGAUGGAAAAAGUGUUUGACUGAGGGAAUAAUUAUUCCUGAUGAAAAACCAACUAAAGUUUUUAGAAGUUAUUUGAAUUUGGUGAAGAGAAAAGAACCAGAUGAUGAAGGAAUCAUGUGGCCUUACAACCACAAAGAUGAGAUGUGUUUGGAUGAUGAUUAUGAAUUUGGUGAUUUUGAUUAUUUUACAAAUGUAUCUAAUGAUGAUGAUCCGUUAGAGUAA